AGUGGAUGAAUAGACAAUUUAUCGCUCGAGAGCACUCACAGGCCGUCAAAGAUCAAGCUUAGACGUAGUCCGUAGAUAUGUUACGUAUAUUAUGUUUCUGUGUAUUCAUAGUACACUCCCUGUCCGUACCUGCUGAAGUAUAUUCUGAGGGAAAUGACUGUGUAAUCGGUGAGCUGGCGCAAGAAAUUGCUUCCUACAAGGAUGUGGUUGAGAGGAUAUUGGAGUACACCACCAAUGGAGCGUUUAAAGGAAAAACCUAUGAUGAAUUAGCUAAAUUCGUAGACAAAUUUGGUGCUCGACCAUCCGGCUCCAACAGUCUUGAAGAAUCUAUCGAUUAUAUGAUCGAACUGUCUCGUCAAGAACACUUAGACGACAUAACGACUGAGGAACUAGAGGUACCUCACUGGGUGAGGGGACAUGAGAAGAUACUGAUGAUGCGGCCGAGGCUGAAGAACAUCGCUCUACUGGGGCUGGGCACCAGCGUCAGUACCCCACCUGAAGGAAUCACAGCAGAUGUAGUUGUAGUAUCCAGCUUCGACAAAUUAGCUGAAAUUUCCGAUGACGAAAUCAAAGGAAGAAUUGUUCUUUUUGAUGCGGCUUACACAACGUAUGGCGAAACAGUAGUAUAUCGAUCACAAGGUGCCACUAAAGCUGCAGAGAAAGGAGCAGUAGCUUGUUUAAUUAAGUCCAUAACUCCUUUCUCCAUUAACUCACCACACACUGGAUCGCAACACUACGAUGGUAACGUCACUAAGAUACCUACCGCUGCUAUAUCUCUGGAAGACGCAGAUUUACUGAGGCGAUUAUAUGACAGAAAUGAAAAGAUUGUUUUGAAAAUUAAGAUGUCAUCCAGAUUUAAUACCAAAAUUUCAAGAAAUACUCUUGUGGACUUGAAAGGAACUGAACACCCGGAAAAAUUGGUUAUCGUAUCAGGUCACAUAGACAGUUGGGAUGUUGGCCAAGGAGCUAUGGACGACGGUGGUGGAUUAUUCGUGAGUUGGGCUGCGCCAGUAGUAUUAAAACGUCUUAACCUUAUCCCAAAGAGAACAGUAAGGUCUAUAUUCUGGACGUCCGAGGAGCUCGGUCUCAUAGGUGCUAUCGACUACGAGCAAAGACAUAGAAACGAAAGCCACAAUAUAAACUUUAUAAUGGAAUCGGACGAGGGCACGUUUUCACCACGCGGACUUGCUGUAGCAGGAACGCAGAAGGCGAGGUGUAUUGUUGCCGAAAUUUUGAAACUGUUCACCUCAAUCGAUGCAUCCACGUUUGUCGAAGAAAGUAGGCCAGGCUCCGAUAUAACUGUGAUAGUUGAAAAGGGCAUCCCAGGAGCGAGCUUACUGAAUGCGAACGAAAAAUACUUUUGGUACCACCACUCUGAAGGGGACACUUUAAAUGUUGAGAACCCCGCAGAGCUGGAUCUAUGCACGGGAUUUUGGACGGCCGUCGCCUAUAUUAUUGCUGAUUUAUCUAGUGAUAUACCACGAUGAUUUCGUUAAAUAAAUUGUUGCACUUA